GCCGCAUCCACCGAUUAGAGUGUUCCAUCAUUGUUAUUCAUCCAUCCUACGCUCUCCUUUUAGCCAUCAUUUACUCCUGAUUCAGUCAGUGAUGGCAUUUGUGGUGACGAAAAGAUAAUCGAUCUCGCCUAUCCUUUGUUCUCUUAUAUAUCUCCGAGGGGUAGAUCUUGCUCCGCGGCCCUGCGCCGCGCCUUCGGUCAACCAUGGCCUUUCAAGUUCCGAUUUUUAAGCCUAAUAUUACGGCCGUGACAUCGGAUAUCUGGCCUUCGAUGUCAAAGUUUCUCAGUGCGCCUCGGAAGAAUGUCGAACGCAGCCCUGCUACCUCCGGUCCCACCGCCUCCCAGAGUCUCUCUCAGCGCACGGUUGGGGAAGGAUCAAACCAUGUCUCACUGCCAGAGUUCCUGGACACGGUUCCCUCCGAAGCUCUGAGACCAGGUAUUCGUAACAAGCCCAUGCAACAUGGCUGGUCACGUUCUUUUACCAGAGAAACUACUCUCUGGCCUGCGCCCUCUCUUGUUUCCCGUCAGCCUAUAUCGCCGUCGAUGCGCCCCUACUCCACGUUAACGACCUCUUUGGACCAUCUCCGCCAUGUCCCUAGAGUUGUCGGACUGUCUAGGUUGCAGCAACAGCGUUUCAUAUUCGGAGGUCCAUCCCACAGUCUGCUAGCGCAAAAGGAGAAAACUGCGAACAACAACCCCAACAGUGCGAACGCUCAAAAUGCUUUUUACCAAGCCCUUCUUCGAGCAAAUAUGCCAGCGAUUGUUGUUGAACGGUAUAAAAGUGGUCAUUUUGCUACCAAUACUCUUACGGAAGCCAUCUAUUUCAAGGCCUUACAACGUGUCGGAGCUGAUGCUACAGUGUCGGCCCCUGCCUCUAAUUCGACUCCCCAUCCCGAGCAACUCCAGGCUAUUGGACAGGCUCUUGCAGCUCAAAGCCACGGGGGUAAUGUUGGUGUGUCGACAAAGCAACACGGCACGGGCGCCAAAGAGGCUCCUUUGUAUGUCGUGGUGGAGGAGUCGCUAGGCUCCACCGUGUUCCGAUGGGUCAAGUUCCUGCUAUACUUUGGCUUUUUCACGUACAUGUCUCUCGUUUUGGUUACUAUCCUUGUGGAAACUACUGGUGUUUUGAAGAACAUUAGGGGUCCUCAGAGCAACGAAGCCCAGCCUCAGCAACAGACCGUCCGGUUCACAGAUGUGCACGGAUGCGACGAAGCCAAGGAAGAGCUCCAGGAGCUUGUUGAAUUUCUGCUGAACCCCGAACGGUUUUCCUCUCUUGGUGGUAAGUUGCCUAAAGGCGUCCUUCUUGUUGGACCCCCCGGUACUGGAAAGACGCUGCUGGCUCGUGCUGUAGCAGGAGAGGCUGGUGUGCCUUUCUUCUACAUGUCCGGUUCUGAGUUUGACGAGGUGUACGUUGGUGUCGGUGCCAAGCGCGUCCGUGAACUGUUCACUCAAGCACGGAGCAAGGCACCCGCCAUCAUCUUCAUUGAUGAGCUGGAUGCUAUAGGCGCGAAGAGGAAUGAAAGGGACGCGGCUUAUGUGAAACAAACGCUGAACCAACUGCUUACGGAACUCGACGGAUUCUCGCAGACCAGUGGGGUGAUCAUCAUCGCGGCAACAAACUACCCUCAGCUGCUAGACAAGGCUUUGACUCGGCCCGGUCGAUUUGACCGACGGGUAGUUGUCGAUCUUCCUGAUGUGCGCGGUCGCAUGGAUAUUCUCAGACACCACAUGAAGGAGGUGCAGAUCAGCACAGAUGUUGAUGUUGCAGUCAUCGCGCGCGGUACACCUGGUUUCUCUGGCGCCGACUUGGAGAAUCUUGUUAACCAGGCUGCCAUCUUUGCAAGCAGAAACAAGCAGAGCAAGGUUGGCCCGAGGGACUUCGAUUGGGCCAAAGACAAGAUCAUGAUGGGUGCAGAAGCUCGCAGCCGGGUUAUUCAAGACAAGGACAAGCUUCUUACAGCGUACCACGAGGCUGGCCACGCUUUGGUUGCCUACUUUUCACCUUCUUCUACACCACUGUACAAAAUUACCAUCGUCCCUCGCGGCAUGGCUCUGGGCGUGACCCAUUUCUUGCCCGAGAUGGAUACGGUCUCUAGGAAUUACACUGAAUACCUAUCUGAUAUCGAUGUUUCCAUGGGGGGUAAGGCUGCAGAAGAGCUUAUCUUCGGUCCCGACAAGGUGACUAGCGGCAUCUCAGCGGAUAUCCAACAAGCCACAGAGACGGCCUUUACUCUGAUAACCCGAUUCGGAUACUCCAAGAAACUCGGAAAUGUCGAUCUCUCCACCAACUACGACAGCUUGUCUUCCGAGACUAAGCAGGAAAUCGAAUCUGAAGUUCGACGCCUUGUCGAAGAGGCCCGAACGCGCGCUACAAAUAUUCUGACUGAAAAGCGCCAUGAGCUGGAAUUGCUGACCAAGGCGUUGAUCGAGUACGAAACACUGACCAAGGAGGAGAUGGAGAAGGUGUUGAGAGGCGAGAAACUAGAGAAGUUAGAAUCGAAAAUAUCGGCGCCACUUAAAUUGCCCGAAUCCCUACAGACGGCCAAAUUGAAUCCAUCCACCUCGUCCGAAGGGCCGCCAACGUCGACUGCUUCAAAUGUCAACUAACCGCUUCAAUUCAUCAUCUUUCUGGUUUAUAGGAAAUGCUCGUCUUUUGAUUCGUUCCAGUCUAUAACUCCCCUCUGUUUGUUGAUUAUUGAGUGCAUCAAGGAUGGAUAUCCUUUUUCUUGGGCGCUUUGAUGGGCCUGUUUCUUGGGCCGUUAUAUUUUUAGUGUAUCCGGUGUUAAUUUCCUGCAGUUUCUUUUUCUUUUCCUUUUUUUGCUUUCUCAUCCCUGUCUUUGAUAUCUAUCCUUGAUGAUGGAAAUACUAAAUAACCGUGCAUAUUGCAUAUCAGGUUUGGGAGGUGAGCGACGGUAAGCGAAUGAUUUAUCUGUAUUGUAGUGUACAUACAUAGGUAUCAAUGAGAAAGUGUAUGCUAACCUGAUAUCUCUCAACACCUUAUCUUACGCCUACGUUUAGUGGAUAUACC